AAUUUAUGUUUAUUAAGAGGAAUCAUGCUUUGCUAGAAAUAAAACUGGCCUUCAUUUCAGUCUGCAGAAGUGGACUUUAACACCGACAAACAUUAUAUAACACUGUUACAAUUAUCAAACAUCAUGUAUUGUCACAUUAUCAGUGUCUGACUGUUUGGCUCAAUUAAAUUAGCCUUUGUUCAAUUUUGGGGGAACUGAUGAUGAAUGUAACACACACACACAGUAACAUGCACAUGAAAUUCAGUCUUGACCUGGUUUCUCAAAUGACCCCAUAAGCUGCUUUUUGGAAAAACAAAACAAAACAAACAAACAAUACCCCGUCUCAGACAUAUGCUGUUACAGGUAUUUCAGGCCACAUCUGAGCUUCAGAUGCUUGUCGGAUGUGUCAGAACUUGUGACAGUUUCAUAUCUUGUGUGGGAAAACUGCAACCAGAUAAACAAAAAUGCAAAUAGCUCUUCAUUUGCCUUCUGCUAGAGAAAAUAAUAUUCGUUUGCCAUGAUACAGACCACGUUGAAAUAGUUUGAUACCAGGUUUCUGGUACUAUAGACACACUGCAAUGUUAAAUACACAGUCCAUCAGUGCAGCUAUGGAUACGUUAGUGUUCCCUCUGUAGCCGCUCAGUGUUUGGACACAUGCCUCCCUGAACUGUGUUGAUCCUAAAAUGCAUCUUGAUACCCGCAUCCAGUGCUGCCUACUCACAAUCAGAUCACCCAUGAUGCAUUUUUGAAAUGCGGUUUGUCCUCAUGUUGACUGACUGACUCUGAUGUGCUUUCCAGAUAAUUCUGCAAGGGGCAGGUCUCCUUUGAAAUCAACCGUUGGCCUCUUUUAAUCCCUUUAUGUUAGUCAUGGCUUUGCAAUUUUAAAAUGGAGUAUAAAUAACGGAAGUAGCAAGUAAAAACGAGUUUACUUGCACCUACAUGACUCACCAGCGUGUCACUAGUUUGUCGUUAUGAUGGCAUUAUAAUGAUUUCAAGACAAGUUUUUAUCCAGUACAUUACUGUUUUGCACCCUAUCACUCUAGUUAAUUAAACUAUAUCACUUUAUUGGGUAUAUAUGUAGGUAAAUGCCUGAGCUUAAUUGUUAGACAGCAUUUUACCCUCUUGCACUCACACAUUAUCUCUGAGCAGAUCUUGUCUGUCAUUAAAGUCUGUGAGGGCUCAGUGUUCAGGGCGGACUUUGAAAUUGAGCCUUGCUCCUGAAAUAUAUCUCCAGAGUGAUACAUCUGUAUUUCCUUUCCUAUCCUCUGUCGGUGGUCGGUGGGCACGUGAGAAAGUUAAGCAGCUGUUUGACCGGGGCUCGUCACUGCGUCACGCAGCAUCUCCGCCCUGAUUGGCUCGCUCUUGUGCAACUGUGCAGUUGUAUAAACUCUGCAGUUUGAAGGAGUUGGCAGAGUCACCUGCAGGGAUCGCAUCCGCAUCAGUGGGGGGAAACUCUUGCUGAGCGAGGGGAGGUUUAAAAAAAAAAAAAAAGAGGCUUCACCCGGUUUCUGCGGACUUGUCUUGAGAAGUGAUUUAGAGAUGCAGAGCUGCGCCAAAUCCUGGGGGAUCUUCCUGGCCAAGUCGGUGAGUCCCAGCGCACCGUGCAGGCGUCUGAGUGACAAGAGCCGCGUGGUUUGGAAACUUCAGUGCAGGAUCCGAAACAGCGGGGCAUCCCUGACCCCCUCAGCAGCAGCAGCAACCCGGGGUCUGAGGACGUCUGCAGCCGCCACCUCCAGACAGAUCGAGAGAAUAUUACCCAGACAUGAUGACUUUGCAGAGAGGCACAUUGGUCCAGGUGAGAGGGAGAAGAGAGAAAUGCUGGAUGCUCUGGGACUCGAGUCGAUCGACCAGUUGAUCGAAAACACAGUUCCAUCCUCCAUCCGUAUGCAGCGGAGUAUGAAAAUGGAUGAUCCAGUCUGUGAGAAUGAGGUUCUGGAGUCUCUACAGAAGAUUGCAUCAGAGAACAAGGUAUGGAGGUCCUACAUUGGCAUGGGCUACUACAACUGCUCAGUACCGCCGCCCAUCCAGCGUAAUCUCCUGGAGAAUGCAGGCUGGGUGACUCAGUAUACACCCUACCAGCCCGAGGUCUCUCAGGGUCGCCUGGAGUCUCUUCUCAACUACCAGACCAUGAUCGGUGACAUCACUGGCCUGCCUGUGGCCAAUGCCUCCCUGCUUGAUGAGGGAACGGCCGCCGCUGAGGCCAUGCAGCUCUGCCACAGACAGAACAAAAGAAGAACCUUCUAUGUUGACCCACGUUGCCACCCUCAAACCAUUGCUGUGGUGCAGACCAGGGCCAACUACAUUGGGGUAAAAACGGUGCUGAAGCUGCCUCAUGAGAUGGACUUCAGUGGGAAGGACGUGAGCGGUGUGCUCUUCCAGUACCCAGACACUGAUGGCAGGGUGGAAGACUUUACUGCCCUUGUAGACCGCGCACACAAGGGAGGGGCCCUGGUUUGUUGUGCCACAGAUCUGUUGGCUCUCUGUGUGCUGCGUCCCCCUGGAGAGUUUGGGGUCGAUAUUGCACUGGGCAGCUCCCAGAGGUUUGGGGUUCCUCUCUGCUACGGUGGUCCCCACGCUGCCUUCUUCGCUGUUAAAGACAACCUGGUCCGAAUGAUGCCUGGCAGAAUGGUUGGAGUCACCAGGGACGCCGCCGGUAAAGAAGUGUAUCGGCUUGCACUGCAGACCAGAGAGCAGCACAUCCGCAGAGACAAAGCAACCAGCAACAUCUGCACUGCUCAGGCUCUGCUGGCCAACAUGGCUGCUAUGUAUGCACUGUAUCACGGUCCCCAAGGACUCAAACACAUCGCUGAGAGGACGCACAAUGCUGCUCUGAUCCUUGCCGAAGGUCUGAAGAGAGCAGGACACAGGCUGCACAGCGAGAUGUUCUUCGACACUCUGAAAAUCAACUGUAGCGUGGCGGCCAAAGACAUCUUGGAGAGAGCCGUGCAGAGGCAGAUAAACCUGAGAGUCUACACUGAGGGAGUGUUGGGUAUCUCUCUGGAUGAGACUGUGACUGAGAGGGACUUAGAUGACUUGCUUUGGGUCUUUGGAUGUGAAUCCUCAGCUGAGCUGAUUGCUGAAAAGAUGGGCGAGCGGGUGAAAGGGAUCAUGGGAAGUCCAUUCAAGAGGACGAGCAAGUACCUCACACACCAGGUCUUCAACAGCUACCACUCUGAGACCAACAUCGUGCGAUACAUGAAGCGCCUGGAGAACAAGGACAUCUCCCUGGUGCACAGCAUGAUCCCGCUGGGCUCCUGCACCAUGAAGCUAAACAGUUCUUCAGAGCUCAUGCCCAUCACCUGGAGGGAGUUUUCCAACAUCCACCCUUUCGUGCCUCUGGAUCAGGCAGAGGGCUACCAGAAGCUCUUCAGACAGCUGGAGAGGGACCUCUGUGAGGUGACGGGCUAUGACAAGAUCUCCUUCCAGCCCAACAGUGGUGCUCAGGGAGAAUACGCUGGCCUGGCAGCCAUAAAAGCCUACCUGAACUCAAAGGGAGAGAGCUCCAGAAGUGUCUGUUUGAUCCCCAAGUCAGCCCACGGCACCAACCCAGCCAGUGCUCAGAUGGCCGGCAUGAAGGUGCAGGUGGUGGAAGUGGACAAAGAUGGCAACAUCGACCUGGCGCACCUCAAGGCUCUGGUGGAUAAACACAAGGCGAGUCUGGCAGCCAUGAUGAUCACCUACCCCUCCACCUUUGGUGUGUUUGAAGAGCAAAUCGGAGACGUAUGUGAGCUUAUUCACCAGAACGGUGGCCAGGUUUACCUAGAUGGGGCCAACAUGAACGCCCAGGUGGGUUUGUGUCGUCCUGGGGAUUACGGCUCUGACGUGUCUCAUCUCAACCUGCACAAGACCUUCUGCAUCCCUCAUGGUGGAGGAGGACCCGGCAUGGGGCCGAUCGGAGUGAAAGCCCAUCUUGCCCCCUUCCUGCCGAGCCACCCGGUGGUUCCCAUGCAGUCGGUCAAUGCCAGCAGCUCGCUCGGCACCAUCAGCGCCGCCCCCUGGGGCUCCAGCGCCAUCCUGCCAAUCUCCUGGGCUUACAUCAAGAUGAUGGGAUCAAAGGGACUGCUUCACGCUACAGAGGUGGCCAUCCUCAAUGCCAACUACAUGGCCAAGAGGCUGGAAGGUCACUAUAAGAUCCUCUUCAAAGGCAGGAAAGGUUUCGUAGCGCACGAGUUCAUUGUGGACGUGAGGCCAUUCAAGAAGACGGCCAAUAUUGAGGCUGUGGAUGUGGCCAAGAGGCUGCAAGAUUACGGUUUCCAUGCACCCACAAUGUCAUGGCCCGUGGCUGGAACACUCAUGAUCGAGCCCACGGAGUCGGAGGACAAGGCUGAGAUGGACCGGUUCUGUGACGCCCUGCUCGGCAUCCGACAGGAGAUCGCAGACAUCGAGGCGGGACGGAUGGACUCCCGUGUCAACCCGCUGAAGAUGGCCCCUCACUCUCUGGCCUGCAUCUCCUCCUCCACCUGGGACAGACCCUACUCCAGAGAGUUUGCAGCUUUCCCCCUGCCCUUCAUCAGGCCCGAGACCAAAUUCUGGCCGACCAUCUCCAGGAUCGACGACAUCUAUGGCGACCAGCACCUGGUGUGCACCUGCCCACCCAUGGAGGUCUACGAGUCUCCGUACGAGGAGAGAGCCUCCUCAUAGAUGCUCUUUGCGGCCCGGUCCCAUUGUCCGGCCUAAGCUUAAAGCGGUGAACCCUCACUGACUUUAAAACACCCGUCUGCUCAGAGAAAAUGUGAGCGCAGGAGGCUGCAAGGACUCAGAGGGCUACUGUGAAAUCAUGUUCGCUGGAGCAGAAGCAAUGUUCGAUUUUUCAGAUGUAGUUUAAUAAAACUGAGUGAUUGUUGCUCACUUUUCUGGUAUAAUAGGGAUUUCAGAUUUCCCCGGUCAUCCAUGUUUUUAACAUUAGCGAACUGUGGUUAAUUCCCUGAAGUGUUGCUGAAUGUGUGCCUAAAUUUAGGAAUCGUCAAGCGCUCACUGGUUUCACAGGACAGCCCUGAUUGAACUCUUGCUGCCUCAUCAUGAACAGAUGUCCAAGUCUUUGAGGCGGACAUUGGGACCAGGCCUCUGUCUGAUCAAACCCUUUGUGGUUUUUCCUACUCGAACUCUUCCAAAUGGACCAAAGGUGCAACUUUUGCUUUUAAUAAGUGCACCCUUCGACACCGAGGCCGCUCCAUAACACACUGUACUUUGAGCUGAUUACAGCUACUUCUUCUAUACUUUUUGACUUCCAACAUCUAUAAAAAAUACCCUUGGUGCCUCUAUUCUGUUUUGUAAAAUAGCUGCCUUUUGUUUUUGUUUUUUUCUCAAAAUACCUGACAAAACAUAGCAGUUAGUUCUCUUGUAGGCUUUUGUUAAUAUGCAUCUAUUGUAUGAAAAUGUUUUAAUGUGUUGUGACAUUUGUUGACCACAUAGAUAGUCUUAAUGUUAAUUUUAAAUGAAAUAUUUUCUAAUCUAAAGUGUUUUGUCUGUAGAGAAAAAAAAAGUCUGUAUUAAACAUUUUUGUCUUUAAGCGAGUUCAUGUUGUGUAUCAAUAAGUACAGUUUGGGAUUUUAAGUUUUCAUAUUUCAGGCAACACUGCCGCCUGGUGGUGACCAGUGGAACACCAAGAUCACCAGAUGUUCACUUUCUAAUGACUUGAGCUGAAACAAUUCGUCCA